CUAUAGCAGUAAUACUGCUACAGGGCGGCACAGGUGUGAAAAAUCAUGUAUAUAUACCUGCUUUUGCAGUUCCAGGUAGGGGGUGCACGCCAUUCGUGGCCUUGGCUGUCAAUCACCGGGUCCUGUCCAGUGAUUCCUCGCCUGCACCCGGUGAUCACCGAGUAUCUCCGACAGGGGAGAGACCUGUGUAUAAACAACACAUCUCUCCCCUGUCAGCUCCUGCACACUGCUUUGUAUGGAUGUGCAUAGCAGAGCCAUUCAAAGCAGUGUGCUUACAGUGGAAAGCACACACAAAGCCCCCAUAGUGAAACAGCACACAGUUAACCCUUUGUUUGCCCCACAU